AUGUACAGCAAGUUAUCACUGUCUCUCGGCCUCUUGGCCACGGCAACGCUGGCUCUUGCCGAGCCGACCGUCUAUCUCAUUCGCCACGGCGAGAAGCCCAGCAAUGGAAGCACCGGCCUCAAUGCUGUGGGUUUUGAGCGGGCCGACUGCUUGAAGACUGUGUUCGGCCCGGAUUCCGAUUAUGACAUCGGAUAUAUUAUUGCAGAACAACCCAAGUCAGGGAUUAACAGACUCGCAGAUGGAAAACGCGACCGCGCAUACGAAACGGUUCUCCCUUUAGCAGAGGAACUGGGCCUCACUGUCGACACAUCCUGCUCGAAGAAAGACACAAAGUGUGUCAAGGACCUGGUGAAGGACUACACCGGCAGCGACAACAUUUUGAUCUGCUGGGAGCACAAGGAGUUAACCAAGAUCGCUGAGAAGCUGGGUGACGAUGAUGCACCUACCUACCCCGAUGACCGGUUCGAUCUCAUCUGGACUGACCCUUACCCUUAUACCAAUAUCACCGACAUCACCAGCGAGAAUUGCCCGGGUCUGGAUAGCUGA